AGUAAAACCGGAAGUAACAAGAGUUCAUCCGGUGACUCUGUUGAUAGUUUAGUUACUAGCACGAAACAAUCCAAGAUAACUAGAGUUUUCAAAGAUCAUCGGGCUAAAGUAAGAUCAUAUAAGAUUUUGAAAGAGGCAUCAGUAUGGCAGUCCCAGCGAAGAUUGUGCUGAAAAGCACGACUAAGAUGUCCCUGAAUGACAGAUUCACCAACAUCGUCACCAUGCCCACUUCUCCACAGACCAUCCGGGCCAAGAUGGCUGCCACACAGCAGGCUUCGUCAGCCAAUCGCAGGCUAGCACAACAGAUGGCAAACAGGCCAACUGUACAAGCGGCACUCAAAAUUAAGAAGGCUAGUCUGAAGCAGCGACUUGGUACAACCAAUGUAAAGGCGAGGCUCAACAUGAAUGCUGUGCGGGGGCGUGGGGUACGGGGAACCGGAGGUGGAUUCAACAGAGGACGAGGUGGUGGACAACGAGGACAGAGGGGUGGAUCCAGAGGGGGUGGAGGAGAUGCAAUGAGUCCAAGAGGACGUGGGCGUGGUGGAUUUGGACAAAUGAACAAAACACUUGGUGGGGGAGGAUUCCGAGGAAAUCAGAGGGGUGGAUUUAGGGGGCGUGGCAGAGGUGGAUUUGGAGAUCGAGGGGGUCGUGGAAGAGGUGGUUUCCAUGACAACUCAAACAGGGGACGUGGGAGAGGGGGUUACCAUGACAACAAGAGAGGUGGCAGAGGAAACCGUGGCAACAGAGGAGGCAACAGGUUCCAGAGAGGUCGUGGGGGCAGGGGUCGCGGGGGCAGAGGUCGUGGUGGGAUGAAAUCGGGCAUGACAGCCGAGGAGCUGGACAAUCAAUUAGAUGCCUACAUGUCGAAAACCAAAAACACAGUCAGAAGUAACCUAGAUGCAGAACUGGAUGCUUACAUGGCCGAAUCCCAGAGUUAAACCUAGAGGAGUCCCAAAUAUAAUCACUCACAAGGAGUGCCGAACAAUUACAAAUUGCUGUCAUGUGCAAUAAGACAAACUAUGAGAUGGUUUUGCCUCUGUGCUGUAAUUGACAUUUACUCUGUACUGUACAGGCGUAGUGUGUUAAGGCAGGAUAGAAGUCACUGGAACAGUACAAACUCUAUUGCUAUGUUACUAAAGAGAAGGAACACUGUUAAGGGGUGGGGUGGGGGGAUCAUUAUAAAAUCAGUGAUGAUGUGCAUUAAUAUUUUCCUACUUAAAUCUAGAAUGCUUAAAGUUUAGAGAGAGAGAGAGAGGGGGGGGGGGGGAAUUUGUCAAACCUCCUCCACAUGAAUUUGCUUUAUUUGAGGAUGUGUGAAGAUGUUGUUGGACUCAUUUGUCAUCUGCUGGAGUGUGUGGAAUAAUUCUUAUAAUUUCACGUCGAGUUUGUUGUGUAUUUAUUAAUAGAUGUAGGAUAGAUUAUUUUGAGUUUGAUUGUAUUAAAUAACGUCCUCAGUCUCCGGUGUGAGGACUCGAGGAUUGUAUUUACCAACAGCUUCAGUCUUUGUGAGGACUCGAGGUAUGUGGUUGUUUGUGGAGAUUUUGUUGUUGUACAGUUUGAGGAAGUGACUGUUAAUGUAUAGAUUAAAUAUGCUAUCUGAAAAA